AAGGGCACGCACUCAGGCCCGGUGAGGUCCAGGAACUGUGCAAGAGGCCUCUGGCUCGGAGGGGCUGAAACAGGUGUCCCCGCGCGCUGGGGGAAGAGCGACUCUCCCGGCAACAGGUAGCACCCGCCAAAUCCCGCGGGAACGGCCCUCGCGCCGCGCCCCCUGCCCCACCUCCGCUCGCGGUUGCCAUGAAGACCCGGUCCGGGAGCAGUCGACUGCUAGAGACUCGGGAGGCUGAGCUUUCCUCGGCCUGAGCCAGCCAGACCCCGGGCGCCGCGCUCACCCCUCUUCGCCGCCACGUCCGCGAAGGCCUCACGCGCGAGGCCAGGCGAGGCCCCGAGGCGCCCACCACUUCACGACACCGGAGCGAACCGGGCGCCAGAGGCUGCGACCCCCCUGCCCCGAAUCCGGCCGGUGGGAGUGGCUGCAUUUGAACCAAACGGCCUUCGCGGGCAGCAGCCGUCGCCCCGCAGUCCCGGGGCUCCCAAGGGCCUGUGACCGACGCCGCCCUCCGCGUCUCUUCGUCCCCGAAGCCCCGGGAACCAUCCGCCCUCGGGAGACCAUGCUGCAGAUGCGAGGAAAGCCGUUUCCUGGAACAUCGGAAUUCUAACCCCAGGGUGAAGGACUCACGACAGGCGAGGGGCAGACAUGCUGAAUUCCACGGGCGAACUGGAGUUUUCGAACGAAGAAGAUCCCGAGAUCAUCUCCCAACUCACUUCCCUGCCUCUGUCCGGUGGGAAAAGCUCAGCUGGUGUGCCCGAAAAAACGGGCUAUCCGGACUCCGUUUAUGUCAUGGCAGCCAACAUUUUUCAGGGUAUUCGAAUCGAAAAGUCGGCACAGAAAGUCUUAAUCAAGUAUGGGAAUGAACCCCUGCGGUCCUUGUCCGAGUCUGAGGAUCAGUCCUUUCAGCGUUUGUCUUAUGAGCUGGCUUUCAGUGCCCUGAAAUAUCAAGAUAUUUUGGAAACUAUAUUGAUAGACAGCUGUAUCUUCCCAAGUACCACAAUACCAGAUCAUUUGAGCAGUCUUUUUAUUGUGAUGCUAUAUGAUUUCCAAGAUAGAAAAUUUCAAACUCGUGUCCUUUCUGAUAAUGAAGAGCCCAUAUCAGAAGUUCAAGAAGUAGAGAACCUUCUUAACAGUUUUAAGAUAAAAUUGGCUGCAGCAUUGGCAAGAUGUCGAAUCAAGCAUGAUGCCCUUUCAAUUUACCACAUCCUUCCAGAAACAGUUAGGAAACAGGAACUAAGGGCCUCCACUUUACCACUUUAUGCUUGGAUAAAUACUUGUAAAAUCAGCCCUGAAGAAGUUUAUAAUAAUUUGAAGAGAAGAGGCUAUAAUAAAGUCAAAUCUGUAUUGCAUAUUGAUGAUAAAGUCUUUGCUGUGGAUCAACAUUGCUAUGAUGUCUUAAUUUUUCCAUCUCAUCUUAAAAAUGAUCUUAUAAAUAUAGAUCUUUUCAAAGAUUACAAACUUAUAUUUCAGGACAAAUCUCGAAGUCUUGCUGUCCAUUCUGUAAAGGCUUUAUUAAAUAUGGAUGAUGAUAUCUUAAUGGUCAAUACAGGUUCAUGGUACACAGUUGCCCACAUGUCAAUUUUAACAAAUAAUAAUACCUCAAAAGUAUUUGUGUGUGGAGUACAAUCACAAGCCAAGGAUCCUGACUUGAAGACCCUUUUCACAAAAAUAGGAUGUAAAAAUAUUGAAAUACUUCAUGAGACAUUUAUUAACAUUGACUCAAAGGAUCACAGGUUACAGAAAGUUAAAGUGAUUUUGCUGCUACCUCGUUGUUCAGGACUGGGUGUUAGUAAUCCAGUAGAAUUUAUUUUAAAUGAACAUGAAGAUACAGAAUUCCUUAAAGAUCACUCUCAAGGAGGCAUCUCAGUGGACAAACUUCACGUUCUUGCUCAACAGCAGUAUGAACAGCUAACACAUGCAAUGAAAUUUACUAAAGCUCAAGCAGUUGUUUACUGCACAUGUUCAGUUUUUCCAGAAGAAAAUGAAGCUGUUGUUAAGAAAGCACUGGAAUUUCAAGACCUUGGGAAUAAAGGACAACCUUACAGGCUUAGUCCUCCUGUUCUUCCACUGUGCUCCUUAAAGGAAAUUCAAUUGUCUACUGAUAAAUUUUUCAGAAUGGAACCAUCUGAAAUUACCAAUGGUUGUUUUCUUUCUAUUUUAACAAGGGAGCGGGACCCUUCUGAGACAGUGUCUGUGAAUGAUGUUUUGGCCCGAGCUGCAGCCAAGGGUCUGCUGGAUGGGAUUGAGUUGGGUAAAUCAUCAAAACGGGAGAAGAAGAAGAAAAAAUCAAAAACAUCAUUGACAAAAGGUGCCACUACUGAUAAUGGCAUCCAAAUGAAAAUUGCUGAGUUCCUGAAUCGAGAAACUAAAGCCAGUGCUAAUCUAUCAGAGACUGUAACAAAACCACCUCUUCCCCAGAAAAAUACUGCUCAAGUGGGGGCUUCCUCACAGACCAGAAAACCCAACAAGCUGGCCCCCCAUCCUGCAGUGCCUACAUUUGUGAAGAACACUUGUCCCUCCAGACCGCGUGAACGGCAGACACACUUCUUAAGACCUCGGCCAGAAGACAGAAUGGUUGCUCUGAAACCCAUUGAGAUUGUUCUGCCUCCAGUCUUUAUGCCAUUUUCAAGUCCCCAAGGGAUCAGAUCUCGGAUGCCAACUCAACAUUUGUACUGUCGUUGGGUUGCACCCAAGGCACUUCUGCCCACCUGCCUUCCCACACACUCACUAUCCAGAAAAGAGGAAAAGCCUAAAGAUGACACACCUUCCUCCCUACUCAGGCCUCCUCGGCGAUGGCUUUGAUUGUCUUGUGUUUUUUAUAGGGGCCAAAAAGCAGUUGAUUUUUUUUCAAAGUCUAGUAUUUCUCUGAAGAUUCUACAUCUCUACACAAGAUAUUCAUUCUUUUGGUCACCUAGGGAUCUUCUAAGUGUGUUAUUACUUUCAGAGAAUUCAGACAAGUGAGAAACAAUAAUGUAGGAGUCAGCAAAGCAGAAUUCAGAGACUUCAGCCAAUCACUGCUGCUCUGAGAGGAUCCAGUUAGAGACUCAGUAUCAGCGGUCAGAACUUAUCUCACUCCUGUGAACUUUCGGGCUGGACUUAAAGCUGCCAAGUUUCCCCUGCAGGGAAGGAAACACUGCCUCCCUUCAGCAGGUAGCUCAUUAGAAAGCCAAACAGGCAAACGAUCCUGGCCUCUCCCUCCAGCUGACUGCUCUUCAGCAUCCAUGCGGUUGUAGUCGUGACUUUCUCAGUCACGAUCAAGGGUGAUUUUUUCUUAAAUAUCAAGCUGUUCUUUGAACAGGGAAUGAACAUGAGUUUUUGUAACGUGACUGAAGUUGAGUUUAAGUAGGAAGCGCAGGAAGUUCCCAAGUGCCAGGUGUGUGUAGCUCAGAGUUCCUUUUACAGUGAGGUGUCUCUCACUGGGGGAGCUUCCAGGAUCCUGAGCAGACUGGACACAAUCAUCUCUCCCUUCCUCUAUGUCAAGCACUGUUACAAAAGACUGUGAGCAAAUUUCCAUCUAAAUAUUAAUAAUUCUGAAGAAGAGGCAAAACUGUUGAAUGCAAGCGAUACCUAUUGUUGAAGAAACCCACAAAUUUCUGAUUCUAAGAUCAGGGGAUACAACAAAAUCUACAAGUCAUUUCAAAUAGCACACAGGAAUCAAAUUUUGGUAAAUCAUUUCUGAGGCACAAUUAAAUAUAUUGUAGCACUAUGUUAAUUAUAUUAAAUGUCGAUUCAUCUUGAAUGUAUUCUCAAUUGCCUACCAAGAAUUGGUAUGAUUAUCAUUUCUGGGUCUACUGAUUUUUCAUCAUGGCAACAGAAAUUGUCAUUAAAUAGAAUAAGACACAACUAUAUAUCUUAUUAUUUAAAAACAUUCAUAGACAUAUUCAUAAAGUUUGAAUUUAAAGUUUUAUUUUUGCAAUUCAGUUGUAUAGAAAUGUUAUGUAAAUUCCUAAAUGCUCAAUCAGGUGGCAUGAUUUUUAGAAUAUUAUCCUUUUCAAGAUGAAUACUUAGGUCUACUUCAGCUCUGAUAUUCUAUUUUUACUUUCUUACUUGAAGUGAGAAAAGAGAAUGGUGAAUUGUAUUAUAGCGGUAAUACAUUAUUUUUAUUUUAGCUUAGAUUUACAUUUAUCAGUAAAACGUGUCAGUGGGCUGGGUGCAGUGGCUCACAUCUGUAAUCUCAGCAGUUUGGGAGGCUGAGGUGGGCACACCACUUGAGCACCGGAGUUCCAGACGAGCCUGGACAACAUGGCAAAACCCCAAAACCCCAUCUCUACAAAAAAUACAAAAAUUAGCUGGGUGUGGUGGGACACGCCUGUAGUCCCAGCUACUUAGGAGGCUGAGGUACAAGGAUCUCUUGAGUCCAGGAGGUGCAGGUUGCAGUGAGCCAAGAUUGCCCCACUGCACUCCAGCCUGGGAAGCAGAGUGAGACCUUGCCUCAAAAAAAGAAAAAAAAAAAUGUCAACGAAGAAAGGAAACAAGACUUUUUUAUAGUUGAACCAGGCUUAUUGUAUUUUAAAUCCCUGAAGAAUUCUUCAUGUUAUCACUCUUGUACAGAAAGAUAUGAAGUGCUCAGCUUAUUUUGCUGAUUUUGAAAAUCAAACACUAUCAAUCAUCUCCUUGCCCUAAAAUUAUAGCGUGUGGCUCAUCCUCUUAUCCCACCCAGAUUUCUAUCUGGUUAGGGUAGUCCAUGCCUCAAGGAAGGCGGUGCAGCUUAAUUUAACAUUGUUCAGUAAAGAAUCCCAUUGUAUAUCAUAAGAAUCCCUUAUCCUUUUCGGGCCCUCCCCCAUACCAGACUGAAAAGUAUUCCAUUGUGCAGAAGUAGCUGGUCUGAGAUUUUUAUUUUCAAGUGUAUUUUCUGUGAUGUUGUCUCAUUGUUAUGGAAUAGUUUAGGAUAAUUUUCUGAUCUCUACAGUAGCAUGUGAAGUCACAAUUUGUUGCCACUUACAUUGAUUAUCUCCUAACAUGCAUUUGGCACUAAAUUAUUUUUCUUUAGAAGUAUAUGAAGAUUCUGAAUUAAACCAUUCAUUAAUUACA